UAUAAAUACCAGAAUCAUGAUUUAGAGGCGGAUUACAGGUCCCUUGUUUCUCUUUUUAUUUCAAAAUCCAUCACUUCAUAUGAAUCGCAAUAACAAAACCAGUGGAAAAAAGACGCCCUUGUUGACGCAUUUGGUGGCCGGAGGCUGUGCCGGCCUGAUGGAAGCUUGCGCCUGUCACCCUUUGGAUACGAUCAAAGUGCGCAUGCAGUUGUCUAAAUCUGCCACCAGAAAUGCGGCCGGCCAACGACUUGGAUUUUUCGGUGUAGGCAUGAAAAUUGCGCAGAAUGAAUCUUUUUGGGCACUGUAUAAAGGAUUGGGAGCCGUGGUCUCUGGUAUUGUUCCCAAAAUGGCGAUCCGGUUCAGUUCAUUUGAAUUGUAUAAAUCAUGGAUGGCCGAUAUUCAUGGUAACGUUAGCACCUCGGCGGUAUUUUUUGCCGGAUUGGCCGCGGGUACAACUGAAGCGGUACUUGUGGUUACGCCCAUGGACCUUAUCAAGAUUCGUUUGCAGGCGCAACGGCAUUCAAUGGCAGAUCCGCUAGAUAUUCCGAAAUAUCGGAAUGCGCCACAUGCUGCAUUUACUAUUAUCCGGGAGGAAGGCAUACGCGCGCUGUACAAGGGCGUUACGCUUACAGCACUGCGACAAGCCACUAAUCAAGCUGCCAACUUUACGGCGUACCAAGAAUUUAAAUCCAAAGCCAAAAAGAUGCAGAAUUUGGAUGAACUUCCUUCUUACCAACACUUGAUCUUGGGUGGUAUUUCCGGAGCCAUGGGCCCGCUUUCCAAUGCUCCUAUUGACACCAUCAAAACGCGUAUCCAAAAAUCAAGUGCACCAGGUUCUGGAUACGAACGGUUCAAAGUAGUGACCUCGGACAUCAUUCAAAAAGAAGGCUUCCGCGCUUUCUACAAAGGCUUGACACCUCGCUUGCUUCGUGUAGCCCCCGGCCAAGCAGUCACAUUCAUGGUGUAUGAGAAAGUGAAGGGAUUAAUAGAUAUGUUCUCCGAGAAGAUGCAGGAGAGUGAACCAGUGACGAAUCUCGUUACAGUUCGGAAAUAGCUUCAAGAUCGUCUCUGCAAUAGUAUAUAGAUCAUUUUUAUCGCCCUGUGUUCUCUCCACAGGAUUUCCUAUAAUGAGUUUGCUAUUUUUUUCCUCGAUCAUCCUCACCACACUUGUUCAUUUCCAUGGUAUUUAUUAAAAUAAUGAUGUGUCGCUCAAAAUGAGGAGCUGUAUCAUUAUAUUCCCAUAAAAGAUCGUAUGGAUGUUCCUAAGCUAUGUUGACAGGAGCUGUAUAUCGGAAAUAACAGGAAAUAGGGACGCGCAUGUCAGCCAAACCCCAGUUUGAUUGUGAAAAUAACAUUCGCGUUAGAUCAGCGGAUGGUGAUCUUUUUUUUUUCUAUCUAUCUACAGAAUGAAACAGAUGAAAAAUAACGCAACCGCGUUGAUCGACCAUGGAAACUUCUAGGCGCAAGCCAUGGUAAAAAUAGGCAUCCAUUUUGCAACGCGCUUGGAUGUCAAGUACGGGAGACCUUCCA